GUCCGAUGUGACAGGCGUCACGGGUGCGUGACACCGGAGGGAGUAGAAAGAUGGCGGACGGUGGUUUGGUUCAGAGUGCGAGGCUCAGCUUCCGGUGUGAUGUCCGUGUCGUCUCAUGUUGAUGUUUCGAGAAACUCGAAAUGACCAAACUGGACCUUCUGAACGUUUUCGUCCACGACCGGCUGAGUGCCGCCGCGGCGGACAUCCUGAAGGCCGUCAGGGACGCGCUGCUCGAGUAUGAAGGAGAGCUGCUGCGCUGCAAGGAGGACAACGACAGACUGAGGAGACUCCUGAGGACCGCUGUGGACAGACUGCUGCACGGAGGCACAGAACCUGAUUCUGUCCUUCGGUCUUGUGGGAGCGAGUGGACAAGUGGGGCAGAGGUCCAGAUUAAAGAAGAAGCCAGUGUGACAAAUGCUGAAAUCGAUGGUCCAGCUGAAGCACCAAAGCGAGCAGCUCCUGAUCCUCAGAGGUCACACCUGCUACCUGUCCAGGGAGCGGGCGGCACUCAGCCCAGGUCUCCACCUCCACUCACUUCCCAGCAUGUCAAGACGGAGGACAACGUAGGAGACAGGAGGACUCAGCAGGCCGCCACCAGCUUCUUGUGCUCACAGAGUCUUCGUCCAGAUUGCACAGUGACCCAAAGUCCUCGGACUCAGAGACCCCCUCAGGAAGAAGCGGUGCCGUGCGUGAAUGGAAACUCAAGUGCCCACUUGGGGCAGGUGAAGCCGCCUCCACCUGGCACCUCCCACCACAGCCAGAGUGUCCAGAAGUGGCACAGCUGUCGAGAAUGUGGCAAAGGCUUCAACUUUGCGUGCCAGCUGGAGAUCCACAUGCGCUGGCACACCAAGGAGAAACCCUACAGCUGCACUGUGUGCAGGAAGAGCUUCGCCACGGUCAGCAUGCUGAAGAGGCACCAUCGCAUCCACACGGGCGAGAAACCGUUCCGCUGCCACAUCUGUGGCAAGUGUUUUAACCAGUCAGCUCACCUCAACACACACUUCAGGCUGCACACCAGAGAGCGGAGCGGCUGGAGCCGAGCACAGCACUCCAGUUGAACCCGACCGGGACCAGGCUGCUCUCAGCCUCAAACACGGAAUAGUCGUGUCUUUGAAUGUCAUGGAUGGAAAUGUGGCCCAUAAGGAUUUGAGCUUCAAGGAGUUGUGGUUCAGAAGGAACAUCUGGUAUCUGGCUCCAGAUGCUUUGUUGGAAAAUUGACUCUACUUCCUGAAGACCAUAAGACCUGAAAGCUCGAGAAGCUCUCCUGCAUCUGAGGGACGCAACUGAGAAGAUGCUUUUGGAUGAGGUCCAGCUGCAGGGGCAGGACGUGUUGCUGCUCCAGAUCAUUGGAGGCAGAGAUUAGUGACUAUUGACUCAUGAUGGAGCAGCUGGGUUCUCUGGACCCUCAGACCUGUGACGGAGCAGCUGGGUUCUCUGGACCCUCAGAUCUGUGAUGGAUCAGCUGCAUCAGCAUCAUGUCAG